GGCCAAUAGGGACGCGCGGAGGGCGGAGCCGAGGUCUCCGGAGCGGAAGUGGGUCUCUGUUGAGGCGGCGGUGUCUUGUUGAGGGCUUCUCAGCGGCUUCCAAAGGUCCUUCCUCGCUUGGGGCUUGAAGAUACUGGAAGUCUGUUUGGCUACAAAUUCCUAUGCUAGCCAGAGGAUGAGUAAUGAGCAGGCAUGAGAGGUUGAGCAUUCAGCUUCUCUGCAAGUCUUGGUAUAGAUCACCUUCUCCUCUAUAGGUUGGAACCACAGAGCACAAUGAGUACGAGAAAGCGUCGUGGAGGAACAGUAAAUUCUAGACAAGCCCAGAAGCGAACUCGAGAAGCAUCCUCCCCCCCUGAGAUGGCCCUGGAGGCAGAACCCAUAGAACUUGUGGAAAGCGCUGGAGAUGAAAUAGUGGACCUCACCUGUGAAUCUUUAGAGCCUGUGGUCGUCGACCUGACUCACAGCGACUCAGUCGUGAUUAGUAUCACCAGAGCUUUAUUAGAUCUUUCAAAGAACCAACUUUUAGCUUUGUGGAUCCUUUCUCUUAUUGUUGAAGAAAGGAGGCGGCCAAGGAGGAACGGCAGGAGGCUGCGCCAGGAGCACGCCGACAGCUGUGUGCUGAGCAGUGAUGACGAGGAGCUGCCCAGGGACAAGGACGUGUAUGUGACCACCCACACCCCCAGAAAUGCCCGGGAGGAGGCCGCUACCGGACUCAGGCCCUCUGGUACUGUCAGUUGUCCCAUCUGCAUGGACGGGUACUCGGAGAUUGUGCAGAAUGGACGUCUCAUUGUUUCUACAGAAUGUGGCCACGUCUUCUGUAGCCAGUGCCUCCGUGAUUCCCUUAAGAAUGCUAACACUUGCCCAACUUGCAGGAAAAAGAUCAGCCACAAGCGGUACCACCCCAUUUAUAUAUGAAGUGCUGGGCUGCUCGGGAGACGGAUGGACAGACAGAGCCUGACUGGGUUCUCUACGGCCUUACGUGGGCUAUCUGCCGCCAGUUUCUUGAGCUCAGAAAGACUAUUUCAGAAUCAGCAUCUGUAAUGUAAACUGCUCUCGUUUCCCACCCCGUCUUUGAUCCUUUUGUUACCUCUAGUCUGAUGCUGUGGAGCUGGGCCCAGGGCCCUCCCAGCCCAGGGUCUACAUCUGCUCCUCUGGGUGGUCUGGUUCCAGGGAAGGAGAGAGGGAGUCAGGCCCGUUGGAAUUGAGAAUCGUGGUUCCAGCCUCUUUCCGGAACCUGCACGUUGCCAAGAAGUUUUCCCCAUUUGGAAAGUUUGCCCCAGCUUCCUGCUGGCAGUGUGUCGAGGGCUGGCCCCGGUCGGAGAGCAAACAGGUCCACCCAGCUCUCCUGGGCACGCUACCUCCUCCCAGGCAUCUGCCCACCACAGUGACCAAGCCAGACAAGGGUCCAUCUGGCCUGAGGAUCCCAGGUGCAAGCAUGGCCCCGGAAAGACCAACCACUGGACUUUUUUUUCUUCCCUUGAGUUUCAGAGGUCACCCGUGAUUCCAUCUGCAUUGAUGUCGGGUUCCUGCAGAUCACAAGGACCUCUGCAGGGCAAUCCCCAGUUUUCUAAGAACGAAAUGUGCAAUAAAGCCUGUUCUUUGCCUACUUUUCAGCAGCCCAGGAGAUGUAGCACUAUUAGUGUCCUUCAGAGGCCUCAUGUUGCCUACAGAGCAGUGCCUGUCUCGCCCCGUCUGGUUCAUCACCUGUUCUCAGGAACCUUACCCAUGCCCGAGUUCACCUGGUGCAGGCUGUGCAAGGUCAGUGGGGCAGGCACGUCGUCGAGUAUCCUCUCUUUUCUGAUAAAAAUCCAUCCUUUGUUUACCACGUGCCCUCCGGUCCUCAGUUCCCACUGCCUCAUGUCUACUCAAGCAUAGACCCUGGGCGGUGGUGGCAGUAAUUGUGGCCUUAUUAGCCGCCCGUGUCCAUGCUGUUGCCCAAGUCACAGCUGACCUGCGUUUCAAAGACCUCGGCUCUCCAGACUUGAGCUGGGCACCCCCCACCCCUGCAAUUGACAUUCAUUUCCGAAGCUGCUCUUCUGGCCACUGGGCUUUGAUCCUUUGGGCUUUGAUUGCUCCUUAGGUUUUGGUUGGCAAAGUACGGUGGCCUCUCCUCCCCAGGGGCCCAGAUAACACCCUCUGCUCGACUCCACGUGGGUAAAAGCCUCUGGUCUCAAGGAAGCAGAAGGUGGCCCGAGCUGACCUGAACUGCCCCCCGCUGCACAGGGCUUGCCUCCACCUCUGUACCCCUCCUUCCUCCGAGGCCUUCAAGCCAAACCAACAGCCUUUUCGUGUGAAACAUCUUCGAGGUGGAAAAGGGGCCACCUCUGGCUUUGCUAGCAAUAACUGACCUUCAGUUUCUCCUUCUGGAGGAGCAGGGACUCAGCACAGAAUUCACUUUAAAUGGGGCUGAAGGAGUAUCCCUCCUCUAUGUGAAAAGAAUUGUUUCAUUCUUCAUUCUGACUUUUUAACUGUUUGGCUCACUUCCGGUUCGUUUGAUGAAAGUACUGCUUUCUACUUGGAGUCGAGGAGGGCCGACAUCAGUUGUCAUCUGCGUGGUGUGCAGCGUGUCUGCCCUUCGAUUGGACAUCGUUGCCAUUAAGUUCCUUCUGGGCUUCAUGGAAUCUCUUUUCUUAUGUUCUGACAAUAGCCGGACUUCAGGAGCCAAGACAACCGCAGCCAAAAUUUCUCACGUUUUAUGCUUAAGGACAAAUGGUUGAUCAUAAAAGUUGUAUUCCUUCAUACUAACUGAAGUUGGGAAAAAAUGUUUAGUUUCUACUGUUCAGAAGUUGCAAAACAGGAAAAGGUUGAUAAGAAAAAUCCUUUCCCUCCCUCCGUGUACAUAGUUCAGAUCUUCUUUGUUACACUUAAACUAUAUCCAUGUAUGUCAGUCUGUUUUGGACUCUCCUCUGCUAGUGUUACAGGCGGAAAUAAACCAGUUUGAACCAGG